GUUGACUCCGCGUCCUUGCUAUCUUCGGGUUUAUCACUCCACAUGAGCUGUAGAUUGCUGUGUAAGUAGUGGUGCUGUAUCGAGAUCACUUCAAAACCGGGCUAUGUGAAGUAGUUGGCUUAUAGAGACGGUGUUCCGUCAACUCGAGCGCACCCUUUUCCACAGGUCAUCCUAGAGCAUCUCCGUCUCUACCUUGCCACCUGCCAUGAGCUACCAAGCACCACCAGCCUACACUGCCAAACAGCAACCCCCGCCGUCGGGCUAUCGCAUCCCGCUCGAGGGCAACUCUCAGUUCCCUGGCCCGCAACACGCUGGUGCAGCUCCAUGCUACGACCUGGACCGCUCCCCAGUGUACAUCGGCUCUGCGAUCCUCGAGGACAGCGUGCACCCAUGCAAAAUCGCGCCGCACCUCGACCCACCGUGCCGCGUGGGCUACGGCGGACAGGAGCUCAGCCACCGCGGGCGGUACGAUCUUCUGCCGUAUGACCCUGCGACGAUGGAGUGGGUGCCCGCGAGCCUGGGGCGCAUCCCCGACGGACGCAGGCCAGUCGAGGGCGGGUACGAGAAUAACGGGGCGCGGUUGUAUCAUGCAUGCGCGGUGUUUCAGGGGGUGAGGGUGCCCGGUAAGACGGGGCAGCACUUGUCUGGGGCGAACUUUGCGUUUGGCGGGGAGCAGGUUAUCGAGCGUGGAUACGAGAUUCUAUGCUGGCGCCAUUGAGCGAUCGGACGGCUUAGCUCCCGUCGGUGGAAGAUCAUGAGCGAAGAGAUGCGAGAUGGAGGAAGAGUGAGCAAGAAUAAAGCAUUGAACUAAACUACAGUGUGCCGCAGCGUCCGCGUAUACGCAGCUUUUGGUGUACCCCGG